CGUCGCACUCGUCUCCCAGGCCACUCAGUCCCGUGCUGCCUCCAGCUCACCCUGCCGCGCACCCACAGCAACAGCGACACUCGUAUCUCACCUCACAUUGUUUCCGUGCGAUUCGACUGGAUGUGGACAAUUUGACCUGCUACAAGAGGUGGAUUUCGGAUUGGGACGACAAAGUAGAUGGGCAUGGCCGGGGCUGCCAGAGUGCCCUUCAGUUGGGCAAUCCUUCUUUGUUUGCUGGCCUUCACCCGCGCUCAGUCUUGCUAUUAUCCCAAUGGAGACUUGGCUGCAUCUGACACCCCUUGCACCGACGAGGGCGGAGACAGCUUCUGCUGCAGUUCAUCAUACUAUUGCCUCAGUAACAGGAUAUGCCUAUGGGAAGAUGGCAGAUUGUAUCGCGGCAGUUGUUCGGACCUGAACUGGGCCUCUGGCGAAUGCCCUCAAUUUUGCCAAAACAAUAAUCCUGGCAAUGGAAUUCAAGUCUGGCAAUGCUCCAUCACCUUAGGGACCUACUGCUGCAGUACAAACAAUAGUGAUAGCACCUCGUGUUGUGGCCGCGAAGGUGUCGAACUCUUCACCCUGCCGGCGCCUACCACGCUGGGACAAAUCACUGGCACAAGUUUUAUCAAUUUCCAGACAGACCCGCCCAGUACAACGACAACCACAUCUUCAACUACAUCUAGCACUUCGUCCACGACCUCUUCCACUACCACGCCGUCCACGACCUCAUCAUCCUCGACCAGCACUACCUCGACUUCCAGCAAUGGCGCUCCCACCACUUUACCCUCACUGUCGGAAACAGGACAGACAACUUCAGGAUCUACCACAGGCACGGCUCCCCCCUCCCAGACAACUGGUAGCGACGACGGUGGAGGAGGAGGAGGAGGCGGUAGUUCGAAUACAGGCGCAAUAGCUGGAGGUGCUGUGGGAGGAGUCGCCGUCAUCGUCGGUGCUGCCGUGGCGGGGUGGUGGAUCUGGAACCGGAAGCACAAGUCAUCUGCGCAAAUCAAUGCAGUUUCGUCGUCCCCUAAUGACAACAAGCAGUCGUUUUACGGAACCCCCCAGGGCGGGUACUACCAACCUGCGGCGCAAAAUAUUCCUGGUGAGAUGGACUCAGGUCAACAGAUGAUCCCGCAGGAAAUGGAUUCGACCGGGGCACAUCCAAGCAAUUGGUAUGGGUACGAGCUGCCUGCUGAUUCAACUACUUCUCGGCCGCGAUGAGCUCCGUAACAAUUUAUUUAUCGCGAGAAUAUCGAUUUUGGGCCCAGACUCAAUGCUGUCUGGGAGCCAGCCCGAAAUGUCUAGAGAAAGAUGCUGGGGCAAAAUCAUAUGAAUGGCAUAUUUGAGCCGAACCGAUCCUUGAGCCCCGAGCAACAAUGUGACGGGUUCCAUACCGGAUGAUCUCCAAUAUCGGGUCUCAAGAUUCGAUAAUGACUUGUAUGUAUUGAGCAGGAAACGAGACCAGAUCCAGGCGGAGUUGUGCAUAUGUAAAUAUACUCUGGAGGGGUCCUGGGUGAUGAAUUGAAUCAUUUUCUAGAACUCCAGAAUCCUAGUCUCCUGGAGCAUCCCCUAUUGAAGUCCUGGCCAGUUGACGAGUAUCUUCUUCCUGAUAAUUCUGUUUGGCUUGGUACGGAG